ACUCAUCACACACCACUCACACCACUCCGCGACAACAUGAGAGCCUUCAUCGUCCUGUGCGCGCUGGUAGCGUUGGCGGCGGGCGGCGCGGUGCGCGAGAAGCGCGGCUUCAGCAGCGGCUGGGGCGGCGCCGGCGGCAGCUCGCUCAGCUCGGGCUGGAGCGGUGGCUACUCGGGCGGUGGCUACUCGGGCGGCGGCUACGGCGGCGGCUACGGCGGUGGCUACGGCGGUGGCUACGGCGGCGGUUACUCGGGCGGCUCCUCGGGCGGUUGGUCCGCGCCCGCCGCGAAGGUGGUGGCCGUGCAGAAGGUGGUCAACGUGCAGCGUGAGAUCACUGUGCCCCAGGUCGUGAACGUGCGCAAGGUGGUCUCGGUGCCACAGGUGGUCACCGUCAAGCAAGUCGUCUCGGGCUGGAGCGGUGGCUACUCGGGCGGUGGCUACUCGGGCGGCGGCUACGGCGGCGGCUACGGCGGUGGCUACGGCGGUGGCUACGGCGGCGGUUACUCGGGCGGCUCCUCGGGCGGUUGGUCCGCGCCCGCCGCGAAGGUGGUGGCCGUGCAGAAGGUGGUCAACGUGCAGCGUGAGAUCACUGUGCCCCAGGUCGUGAACGUGCGCAAGGUGGUCUCGGUGCCACAGGUGGUCACCGUCAAGCAAGUCGUGCCCGUCUCGGGCGGAUACUCCGGCGGAUACUCUGGCGGAUACUCCUCCGGCGGUUACUCUGGCGGAUACUCCGGCGGAUACUCCUCUGGCGGACACUCCUCUGGUGGAUACUCUGGCGGAUACAGCGGUGGACGCUCCGGCGGUUACGGCGGCGGAUACUCCAGCGGCGGCUGGUGGUGAACUCUCUAGUCAACGACGUUACAAAAGGCUAUUUAUGAAAUAAAUGUUUUUUUUUU